AUGGAAGACAAAACCAGCAGGUUUACCUGCAAAGGAAAGCCAGUUUACCAUUUCCUGGGAGUCAGUUCAUUCUCUCAAUACACUGUGGUGUCUGAUGUCAACCUUGCCAAAAUACAUGAUGAUGCAAAUUUAGAGCGUGCAUGUCUGUUUGGAUGUGGGUUUUCAUCUGGCUAUGGUGCUGCAAUCAAUACUGCCAAGGUCACCCCUGGUUCUACCUGUGCUAUCUUUGGCCUAGGAAGUGUAGGUCUUUCUGCUGUAAUUGGCUGUAAAGUAGCAGGAGCUUCCAGAAUCAUCGUUACUGACAUCAACAAUGAGAAGUUUACUCACGCCAAAGCCCUGGGAGCAACUGAUUGUCUAAAUCCUAGAGAGCUAGACAGACCCAUCCAGGAAGUCAUCAUUGAAAUGACCAAUGGCGGGGUGGACUUUGCCAUUGAGUGUAUAGGAGGAUAUCAACACAUGAGAGCAGCUCUGGACUCCACAUCAGUAGGUGGGGGAACCUGUACUUUGGUCGGAGUGAAGGCUGGCGACAAAGCACUGGAUGUGUCUCCAGAGGAGCUAAUAAUGGGCCGUACUCUAAAUGCAACAUUCUUUGGAGGAUGGAAGAGUGUAGAUUCUGUACCAAAGUUGGUUAACGACUACAUGAAUAAGAAAUUCAAUCUGGAUCUAUUUGUGACCCACAACCUACCUUUUGACCAAGUCAAUGAGGCAUUCGACCUAAUGAACCAAGGAAAAAGCAUCCGAACAAUUCUGACCUUUUGAAGACCCCAGGAACAAUUUAGAAGAUAUGAUUGUCUGAUUAAUAUGAUAAAUCAAGGAAAGUAUGACUUGUAAGAAAUAGUCUCAGCUAAUAUCGCAGCAUAAAAUAGCAAUUAAUAGUAGAA